AGUCUUGUUGACUCAUAAAAGCUGUGUUCAUACAAUAGCCAGCAAUGAGCAGUAUUUUUCAGAGAUUUUAAGAGCACACCUCCUGCUAUGUAUUUCGCAUUCUAGUUUGCUGGGGCUGAAGGUGUAUGAAAGAAACAGUUUUAAGUUUCUUAGAUAUUGCAAAAGAUAGUUCCUCCUCUCAUCCUGGAAAAUCCUGACAGACCAGUUGGAUACCUUUCAGGCCUUAACUAAGAAGUUUAUCUGCUCAUCCCACUGUCUUUUUUACUGUAGAAAGACCUGAGACACCCUUAAGAACUGAGAAUCUGACUAAUUUAAACAGAUGGCUAAUCCCAGUGCUGUCUGCAAUGGACAUCUACAUCAUCAUCAUCAUCAGAAACAGAAUAACCUCUUAAAAAGUGGAGUCUGUAAGAAAAAUGGAAUUACCAAAGGAAUGAAGAAGAAUGGUGUAUCAAAUGGAACUCUCUACAAAAAAACAUUUAUUGAGCACUUUGAACAGGCACCAAUGUAUGUUGCAGUUCUUACUUUCGUGGGUUUUGGAGUGGGCACAAUAUUUGGCUACCUGCGGGAUUUUAUGAGAGCCUGGGGACUAGAAAAACGUAACAUUGCUGAAGAGAGAGAACAACAAAAAGAUUUUGUGCCACUUUAUCAAGAUUUUGAGAACUUUUACACCAGAAACCUCUAUAUGAGAAUACGUGAUAACUGGAAUCGUCCAAUUUGCAGUGUCCCAGGGCCACAGUUUGACCUCAUGGAACGUGUUACAGAUGAUUACAACUGGACAUUUAGGUUCACAGGAAGAACUAUCAAGAAUGUAAUCAAUAUGGGUUCUUAUAACUACCUCGGCUUUGCAGAAACAGAACCUAAUGCUUUGAAAACUGUAACCAAAGAGUUACAAAAGUAUGGAACAGGAAUCUGCAGUACCAGACAAGAAAUGGGUACCUUAGACAAGCAUGUAGAACUAGAGAAACUCGUGGCCAAGUUCCUUGGUGUAGAUGAUGCUAUGGUGUUUGGCAUGGGAUUUGCAACAAAUUCAAUGAAUAUUCCAGCCCUUGUUGGGAAGGGCUGCCUCAUUUUAAGUGAUGAGUUGAACCACACUUCCCUCGUUCUUGGUGCGAGGCUUUCAGGUGCUACUAUUAGAAUCUUCAAGCAUAAUAAUAUGCAGAGUCUCGAGAAGUUACUAAGAGAUGCAAUAAUAUAUGGCCAGCCUCGAAGCCGCAGAGCAUGGAGAAAAAUUAUCAUCCUCGUGGAGGGUAUUUACAGCAUGGAAGGGUCCAUUGUGCGCCUGCCAGAGAUAGUCUCCUUGAAGAAAAAAUACAAAGCCUACCUCUACUUGGAUGAAGCUCACAGCAUCGGUGCAGUGGGAGCAACAGGGCGAGGAGUUGUGGAGUACUUCGGUAUGAGUCCUGAUGAUGUUGACGUAUUAAUGGGAACGUUCACAAAGAGCUUUGGUGCAGCUGGAGGAUAUAUAGCUGGCAAAAAGGACCUUGUGGACUUUUUACGAACUCAUUCUCACAGUGCUGUGUACGCCACAUCUAUGUGUCCACCUGUGGCAGAGCAAAUCAUCAGGGCAAUGAAAUGUCUCAUGGGACUAGACGGAACAACACAAGGGCUCCAAAGAGUGCGCCAGCUAGGGAAAAACACAAGAUAUUUCAGAAGACGACUGCAUGAAAUGGGCUUCAUCAUUUAUGGCAAUGAUGAUUCUCCUGUUGUCCCCUUACUCCUUUAUAUGCCUGGUAAGAUAGGGGCCUUUGCAAGACGCAUGUUAGAAAAAAAUAUCGGGGUGGUUGUGGUUGGGUUUCCAGCUACUCCUAUCACAGAAUCCAGGGCUCGGUUUUGUGUGUCAGCUGCACAUACACGGGAGAUGUUAGACACGGUUUUGAAUGCUCUGGAUGAAUUGGGUGAUUUUCUACAACUGAAAUAUUCCCGGUAUUCCAAGUCAUCUCAUCCUGAACUGUAUGAAGAAACUAGGUUUGAACUUGAAGAUUGAGUUUUCCACCCAUGAAGAGAACAUUAUGAUGCUAUGAAAAGGGGGGAAAACCCCGAAACUAAAAAAUACAAAUGCAUUUCUUCCCUUCUAAGGACAAUUUUUGUUUCUCAGUUAAUUGAAAAGAGGGGAAGCUUUGUUGUUGCAUUUUAUUGUAUCAAAUUUCUGUAUUCAAGAGACUGAACUAUUGAUACAGAUUUGCCUCCCCAGGAGAUCUGUCCUUCUUACGGUACUUUUGAUGCAGAAUGAAUGCAUCCGUUGAUCAAGUUGCUAGUGUACA